ACUGCUAAAGUGUGUUAAAACGCUACGCUCACGUAACGACAAUUUGGAGUGCGUUUUCUAUGGGUGGUUCCCUUAAUAUCUUGCGUCCGUGCGCGGAGCAACAGGGAAGCAUAAAUGCAGUUACAGAAUGAACGUGAGCACCACCGCUAUCACUUUCCCUAACACAAUGGACGACCCCGUUGAUCUAUGAGAAUUUAUGUAAAAUGAAGAUGGAGCCAUGUAUACAUUUGCACUGAGUCUCUCGUUAGCUAUGGUUAGAAGAUCGAGACUCUUGUGAAGGCGUCAGUUGAUCGUUAUUGGUGUUGUGCCUGGAAUUGAUAAAAUUUACCCGUUUGUCAGCCUACAGUUGAUCGUGUUCUGAUGCGUUGUAGUAUUCUAAUUGAUGCUUGUAAACUGUGCAUAUCUAAGGAAUCGAAUUAAUUUGGUUAGAUUGCUUGUCUACGCCAGUGCCUUUACAUCUGAUGCCAACAAACAGCUGAGUUGAGAGGUGGAGUCAGAGAUCUCUCUGAAAAAGUAGCAAUUAUUCUGCAUUCACGAAUCUUCCGGAACGCUCAGCGGUCGCCGCUGUAGGAUAACUAAAUUUAUCGAGGAAAGGGUCUCAAUGCAGGAACAGAUAACAUCAAUAUGCAUUCCAGUUUAGGCGUCGGUGUCAUUAGCCUACUGGUGGCGUGGUUGACGGCUGGUGUGGGAACAACUGAACGUGUAGUAGGAGAAAAUGGAGAAGUUUACGUUCCUCCGCCUCCGCAAUUGUCUAGACAACUUCAGAGGAAGUUCCCGCAUGCGAAAAAACUCCAUCCAGCCCUGCUUCCGAGAAAACAUCAGGCCGCACUCGUACACUCAUUCUCGUCGCUAUCACCGCUGGUGUCAUCAGCUGCGAGCAAAGAGAACAGAGACUCCGUUGAGCUCGACCGUACCCUCGAGGAGGAGCAUUUUUUGCCGCAACACGACCCACAUGUUGCGAAAUUGCUCAACGUAGACGUUCGCUGCAGCCGGGAGUCACUCGAUGUCCUAAUGACCUUCGACAGCCCGUUCCAUGGCGUAAUAUAUUCGAAGGGUCAUUACUCGGACCCCCAGUGUCGGUAUCAACAUCAACCAUUAUCUGAUCCGGUUAACGCAUCACCGAAUUCGGCGGAACAGGUUGUUUCGCCUGACUCCGCAACCCAAAUGCGCUUUACGGUUUACCCUGAUCGUUGCGGAAGUCGAUUGGUUGAAGGUCCACAAAAUGGAGAAACGUACAUAGAAAAUACGGUGGUCGUACAGAAUACUCCGGGAAUUCAGUCUGUUGUUGACACAGCCCGCGCCUUACGUUGUGUAUUUGAGCCACGUUCUGGCCCUGGGUCGGUUCUCUCGCGUACCGUCUCCUCGUCCCUAUCAGUUGACGUUCUUGACGUUAUCUCAGUGACCUACUCUGGUGAUUCAAUCGACUCGUACCUUGACGUCCAACUGGGAAAAGGCCCAUUUCAUGCUAGCCCAGUCAAUGGGCUUGUCAAGAUUGGCGAAACGCUCACACUUGUCGUUUAUAUUCACGGUGACGAUUAUGAUGUUCGCGUAAAGGACUGUAUGGCCCAUGACGGAAAUGCGGCGAAUUCGAUCCGGCUGAGCAACGACAGGGGUUGUGUUAGCGCGCCAAAGCUCAUGGGCCCUUGGCAGAAGACACGCGAGACCGGCAACACUGGCGCGUCCGCCAUCGCUUGGGCAUAUCUGGAGGCUUUCAAGUUCCCUGACAAACUGGAGGUCUUUAUAGAGUGCAAUAUCGAAAUAUGCAAGUUUCAAUGCCAGCACGAUCCGCAUGAGUGUCUCGUUGGUCGAAAGAAGAAAUUUUCAAGCAGAAAGAAACGAGCUGUUCUCGAUGAUCGCAUAGCGUCGAACUCUUCAUCAGUUGAAAGCCCAACUCUGCCGCGUAUCGCAAGCAAGACGUUGGAUGAUGGGGCAGGAACUGACGCCAGCUUUGUCACUGACGCUCAAGAACACGGAGAUGUCACGGAUACCUUGUUGAACGAUCAGGAACAAGAGCAACUGGCAGAGCGUGCGCACUUAAUGAGAGGUAUUCGAGUUGUAGCCCCCGAGGACUCAAUCGACGCUUCAGCAGUGCCCGUUCGCAGUUCGACAUUUGUCGCCGUGGGAGGAGGAACUAGCGACCGGCCGGGUGGUUUACGCGCGAGGCCGGCAGGGGGCACACACCAUCUUGUGCCGCAUCUUCAGCAUUUUUUACAGCACAACCAGCUCUGUGUUUCUACGACUGGUUUUCUCUUCGUAGCAGGGUUAUCCGUUGCCGUUUUAGUAGCCCUGCUGCUUACUAUAGUUGGCCUCUACCUACGGAUGCGCCAACUCGAUCCGGAUGUGCAGUUAGUUAGUGAAGCCGCAAUGGUUGGAAGCUUGCAGCGACGUCAUGUGAUUGCUUCCAUUUCGGAGCGAGCUGGGCAGGGCGCACCCCGAAGAAAAGGCGAUUUUUAACCAAACACAGUCUUUUUUUUUCAAUUCAAGUCUUCUUUUGGUUAUUCGACCGCACAAAUUCACUACGAAAGUAAAUCAUUCGUUAUAUGUUGGUAAACAAAGUCUGUGCCUCGAAAUGUGGCAUGUAGCGUUUAAUGAUAUCUGAUAUACCAUGUAGCUUUUUUGCCGCAAGGCUCCUAGUGGCCAAAAAUAACAACUAUUUCAUUUGCACUAAAUCUUUUAUUUACUGCAAAUACGACUUUGUUAGAAAAUUUCAGGCGAUACAGUUGUAACUAGCAAAUAUUAAAAGACGCUCAAUCAGGGAGACGGCGCACGUACGCCGUUUGUUUGCGGCGACAAAUCAAAAACAAAAAUAUAAGCAAAGCUUUAAAUGGAUCGUAAGCAGCGUCGGAAGAUAGGUUUUUUGUUUUGUUUAACGUGGUCACAAAGCAGAACCUCAUUGUGUUCGGUAAUACGUUGGUAGAACUGUACAUGUUUAUUGCGGUGGCUUAUUUUCAUACAACACAAUCACCUCACACCCAUCAAUCGUUCAUCAGCAGUCGUUCGCGCUGUAGCUCAACAACCGUUAUCAUACCCACAGACCCUUUGUAGUGCUUCCCUGCAGAGAGGCGUACGAGGCGCAGCCACCAUUGUAAUGCAGGCAAAAGAACUUAAAAAUUAUGGAAAUCGUUAUACUCAAUUUUAAUCCAGAAUGCCACGAUUGUCACAGCUAGGCUGUUGUAAUAACGCUAAUAAAUAAAAUGAAGCUAAGAAAUGAAGAAGUAGCGUUGUUAUUAGUUCGUUUUAAUUUCGUUAGAGUUCCUGCUGUGUGCGAACGGCAAACAUACAUUUCCCAUGAAUCAUAGUUGUUUCAGCAUCUUGACGAUCAGAAUGUCAGUGUCCGAAGAAAGAGCAAAAGACAACUGGCCUCAUUGUUCUGUCUGUAUCUAUAUAUAUAUCUUUAUCGUCUUUCUAUCAAAACUAUCAUCUCAUAUUGUUUCGUAUCAGCUUUUAAAUUCGUAUAUUACUGUACCUAAGGAUAAUUGUUUUUUUGAGAUGGCGAUUUAGCGAUUCACGGGUUAUAAAGAAAACCGAAUCACCCUGUACAGCCAAUUCCAGGCAGGCAUCAGUAUUAGUGCGUAAGCAAAUGUUUUUUGAAAACCUAGAGUCUGGUAAACUAGCUUAUAUAACGUACAUCAGCAUGGUGUUGUCUUCAGUUUAACUUUAAGCAAUAAACGAAAGAAUUUGUUCUUCAAAAAUGACUGGUGUCACCACCUGUUUAGUUGCUUUCCGUAUUUAGUCCUUUGGUUAGGAUAGUUGAAAGUAUUGCUAUUUUCGUUCGUAAAAAGUCUUGGUUAACUUUAAGUGAAUCGCAGACAUUUUGUGCCAGUAUCGUUUAAUAAACAUCUAAAAUUGAAUAAUUUCUUCAUUUUCUAUUAUACAAUUACUUGUAGUAAAGGCAGAUUAUUAACUAUUGUAACUUUUUUGUCACUCUCUGAACACGGGAAAUGUUUGAUCAAAACAAUACUUUCGCGAAGGCGAGCAAACGUCGCCAGGCUCGAAUUAUUGAAUUUAUUUUUGUAUUUUCCCAGCUUGUUUUCAACAUUUCGCAGCUUCCCCAAUUCUUCCCAAUAACAGCUAUCAAACGUUGUGUAAAUUUAAAGUGCCUUUAUAUCUGUUAAAGUAUCGGUUUUGAUAACAAAUACAUUUGCAAAGACAUUGUAUUUACUUUUGCACUUCACUAUCUAAGUGUCACAAUCAGCAGAUUUCGUUCUGACCUGUCCCUCACUGAAGAAAAAGAUGCAAGCAAUUUGGAUUACGUUGCUUCAUCAUACCGUUAGACCUGCACGAGCAACAUUGUUCAUGUCAGUAAAAAACGAACUGAGAAACAACGAAACGGAACGUUCGUAAUGAUUACCGAUAUUAUUUGUAUGCAAGGUCUGAAUCAACUCGAUUCGAUGUUGGAAGGAAACGACCCAAAAAUUUCAUAUGUCCUUAAUAGAAGAUUUAAGAUGAAUACCAGAAAUUCAUCUCCAUUGGAAAUAUUCAAUGAGAGCCAACAAAGUGCUGCAGUCGUUAAUCUAA